AUGAGCUCGGCGUCUCCUCAACGGCACGUAGUUCUUUUUGUCUUUGAAGCAUGGGGGCAUAUGCGACCUGUGUGCAAUUUCGUCGCUCGACUCGUCAAGAUGGAGCCUACCAUCCUUAUCACAAUCCUCAUUACACCCACGUUGUAUGACAGGGUGCAGACGGAGCUAAAGAGGAAUUUCGAGGAGCGAGAGUUGAGCCUUCUGGACCGCAUACGAACGAUAACGCUGUCACGGGACAGUGCCGAGGCACUGGACAGCAGCGUGCUUCUGAAUAACUUCGCCGAUGCCUAUGAGAAACUUGUCAACCUGCAGCCCGUUAUGUGCGUCAAAACGCAAACGGAGAUCGAGACUACGUGUAGUCCGGACGUAGUGCUGGUAGAUUUCUUCGGCAGCGCUCCUAUUGAAGCCAUCCGGAGGACUAGCAAGAAACCAGUCAAAGUCUUCUUAUGGUUCGCGUGUUCAGCGACGUCAUUGUUCUGCAUCGGUGGCCCCGAGAGACUGGGCGGAAGGGGAAAUCUUCGUGCCAGGAGCGAAGAGGUUGCCAAACUCACCGGUGUCAGCGUUGAGGAGGCCGCGGGACAGAUAUCAUUGACCGGAAAAGGAUCCCUCAUCCGCUUGCCAGGGCUACCGCCGAUGUACGACUACGAGAUUCAGCCGCAGCGCCCGCUUGGCCCCAUUGCUUUGCUUGGCGGCGUAAAUCUGAAAACCUACGAUACUAUCGCCGGAUGCGACGGACUGCUUAUCGCUUCGCCGGAAUGCUACGAGCCAGAAGCAGUCGCAGCUCUGAGAGACUGGAUGGCGGAGUCGUCUCGUCCCGUCUACGCUUGUGGGCCCCUUAUCCCUUCCGGCGCUCGGGCUGUCGCUUUCGAGAAAUUACAAGGGUCGGAGGCCGCUAAGGUGGAGAGCUUCUUGGAUGCCAAACUGGCGAGCCAUGGGCAGCAUUCCGUUCUCUAUGUGUCUUUUGGGACCAUCUUCUUCCCGAUGGAACCUCAGAAACUCGCUGCGUUCCUUGAAAUCGCCAUGGAGAAGGAGAUCCCUUUCAUCCUGAAUCACUCGUCGCCUUACAUCCCGUUGCCAGACUUCGUCACCGACAAGCUCAGCAACUAUUCUGACUGCAUGGUGACCAAAUGGUGUCCCCAGCAACUCGUCCUCAGCCAUCGCGCUGGGUUCUUUGUCACGCAUGCAGGACACAACAGCGUGAUCGAAGCUACGACGGAGGGAGUACCGUUAAUCUGUUGGCCGUUUACAAUGGACCAAGCAACGAACGCCCCUCGCAUCAGCGAUAAGAUUCAGAACGGCUACGAGCUGUUCCAGGUCCGGUCCGGUCCUGGCCUCCAGCCAGCCUAUCGUCUUGGGAAGGCACCGGAAGCCACUCUGGAAGCGUUCAUCGCUGAGGCGCAGCAAGUGCUGUCAAGGCAUUCGGGGAAGACGGAAAGCGCAAGCUAG